UCGUUGUCGUCAUCAUCGUCAUCCGCAACCGUCGCCGUCUACGCCGUGUGUGUCGUGUUUGCUGCCUUUGGCACGGGCCGUCGGAUGUCAAACUGUUUUUGAACUGUGAAGGAAAACGAACUUGAAGACUGUUUGACCAUUUAAGGACGUGUCGGGUGAAGGUUUCUCCGUUUGCGUCGAUCGAUUUGCAAGUUUUUCCUCUCUAUUCCUCGCGAUUCAGAAGGAGCAACGAGGCACGCAGUUCCCGUCGAGUACUGUGUUGUGAAGCAGUGGGAAAAGUCGACAUUGUACUUGCCCUGGUUUGAUGGUGGAAACUCUUAGGACGUGCGUGUGUGUCUGGCGAAAAGACUGAGAGUGCGAUUAUUGGAAGGAUGAGCCAUAAUUCAAGUGCAACCAGUAGUAGUGCGAUUAUCCUGGCUUUGAAACGAAGAAGAAGAAAUGUGUCACCCCAGCAGCAGUGAGGAAAAAGGAUACCACCACCCAAUACGUCGUUGUUGCUGCCACUCUGGUGGGUGGGACGGACAUGCGGUGUCCGGAGUGAAAAGUGAUUAAAGGUUCACUUGAAAGUUUUCCGAGUUUUUUUUUCUUCAACUCUCGAGAAUGUGUUUGUGAGCAGCAGGGUGCCCGAUUUGUUGUUAUUGUGCGCUGGGAAAAGCAGUCAGUUGUAGGGCCGCUCUACCCCAAAACUCGUCAAAAGUCGAAACAAGAUUGAAAGUGCAAGAAACAGCAAUAUCUUGAAGAGUGUGGAACAACAUCAUCCUUAAGCUGGGCGGUGGAAGUUGGUAAUAGCUUUCGUUUCCGAGAAUUGUGUAUCUGUAGGGCUAUGGCCGCCGCCGUCGUCUUUGAUGGAACUUGGUGUGCGGUGGAAGAACAACGGUGACUGCGACGGGUGUGUCGCUUGAAGGAAGCCGACAGAAGUGAAUAAUAAUGCUAUAAAUGAGUUAUGCUAAAAAUGUUAAUUAAUGCUAGAUCAAAGUGAAAGUUCUAGUUGCUUGGAGUUGAUGGAUAUACAUACUUCGCGGACGGCGCUCGUCGAUGGUCGUCCGUUGGGCUCGUGGGAUUUGAUUCACCCCGUCUGGGAUAAUAAUUUGCACGAUCGCACCACCACCAUCGACACAGCAGGGGCCUUGAAUAAGGAUAUUUAAAUUAAUCUAAAACAGGGUGUUGGAAUACACGGCGGAUUACCGCAGCAGUGGGCGCACGCAAAAAAGCGAAGCCAGACCGCAAUUCGCGUUUUGUGCUGAUUUGAUUGAUGCAAAUGUUUUGCCUCAGUGGAGAGCAAUCGAACCGGAAGGGGGGAAACUAAUCGGAUUUGAAACGCGAGAGUGCAGUGUGGGUGUGUGCAUGUUAGUGAGUGGAAGCACUAGGAAAAAUAUCGAAUGAAAACAAUUAAAAUGCGAAUUGAUUUGCUGCCGUCGGUCGUCGGUGCUGCUGCUGCUGCUGGUCACUGCCAGCCGAAAGAGGUGAAGCCCCGCGUUGACGAUCGUGAGUGGAGGAAAUGGAAUGAAAUCCAACUGUAGGACUGGAAAUUCUGUGCUGGUGCACGGUCCCGGAGCCGGAAAUUGAUUUAGCAGAGUGCAGUGGCAGGGAGAGUGGAAGCACGCAUUAAAAACCGACUGAAACACACAUAUUGCUGGCAGUAGGGUACGGAUUCGGGUACGGAGCAAUAGCUGUUGUGAGGGUUGAGCUGUCAAGUGCCAAUGCCGGUUGGAAAUGUUCCCUAUCACCACCGAAGGAAGUACUCGCCCCAGGUUCCACCGGAUUACCAGUCACGAAUAUUUUUCGGUGAUUUUAUGCGAGAAAAUCGGGCCCGCGUGGGAGGUGGAGUGGCUGUAAGCGGAAGUGCAGGAUCACAGGCUCCAGUUUGCGUCGAUGGUGGUGCUAACGGUGGUGGAGGAAGCGGCAGUGGAGCCUCGGUGUGCAGUGGAGAAGAGCCUUACUUGAUUACGGGCAGUUCGGUAUCGGCAGACACUUGUAAUAGCAACAUAACAGCGGUAGCAGUAGCCAGCAAUUCCAGCAGCAGUGGCAUCAGUAUCAGUUCCAACGGCACUAGUAGUACUAACUGUAGUGGCGGUGGCCAAUCGGUUUGUACCGUCGGGAGCACCAGUGUGAAUAGUGUCAAUAAUUUCGCCCCCAGUAAUAACGGUAAUAAUGGUAAUGGACCAACCUCGCCGCUGUCUUUGCAACAGCAACAGCAACAGCCGAUAGGUUCUAGCGUGCUACCACAGCAUCAGUACCAGCACCAGCAGCAGCAGCAGCAAUAUUCGGUACAACGGAUCGUUUCCUCUGGUGCUGGCGGCGGCGGUGGGGGUAGUGUUGUGUCGGUUUCCAACAGUGCUAGUUCUGUUAAUAAUAAUAUCAGUAAUAAUAACAACAACAGCGGUGGCUCUGCUGCUGUCAUUGGAGGAUUAGCUGCUGGCGGUGGGCCACUGGCAAACGGCAGCUUAUCAGGUGCAUCAGCCAUCGUGAGUAGGGGUACUAACAGUGACACUGGCAACAAUAAUGACGAUUGCGACCACCAAAACUCACCCGGUCCUGGUUCGAGUACAAACAGCUACACGAUAGGUGGUAGCAGUGUAGAUCUACAAUCCCAGCAGCAGCAGCAGCAGCAGCAGGUUCUCCAGAAACAGCAAACAAGUCAACCGCAACAUCAGCCGCAGCCCCAGCAGCAGCAGCAGCAGCAGCAUCAGCAACUACAACUACAACAGCAGCUACAACAAUCAUCGAGUUUAUCAAGUAGUAAUAGUCUAAUUAAUAACAACGGUAAUCAAAUUAGGGAUAGGGAUAGUACCAAUUACGUGAACGUGUCCGCGAUAUCGACCCUCAACGCGUCCUCCAUUAGCAACAACAUCAUCAUCAGCACCAACAAUAGUGGCCACAUCAACAAUAGCAGUAGUUCCGGUAGUACCAAUCACCACGUGAACCUAAUAGGCGCAUCGAACGCGUCAGCCACGAUGACCACCUCGGCCGCUAUUUCGCCCCCGCGGCCAAUGCAGAAGGUGAUACCCACGGUGGUUUAUCUGAUGUCCCGCAUCGCUGUACAUAUGGAAAUCGAGGGUACCGCACAAUGCCCGGCCCAGGUGAUGCUGGCCGCGGCACUCGGCUGUGAAGAGUUAGGAAUUACCAAUAAGUUGCUGGCGCAGAGCGUGUUCGGCCUCUGGAUGACCAGCCCGCUGCUGGAGGUGCAGCUGAAGCCACACCACCGGCCGUACGCGGUACGGGUGGCGUGGUCCAAACUACUCGACAAGCACAGCCACGGGAACGAGCUGGAGAAGCUGUCGAACGAACCGAUGACCAUGCUGCGGCGAAAUGUGUUCUUCUCGAAGAAGGACGAGGAGAAAAUCAAGGACCCCCGGAUAUUGGAGCUGCUGUACGAAGAAGCACGGCACAAUGUUCUGCUGGGACGGUACGUGAUGGAGUCUUCACAUUCGAUCAUGCUGGGUGGCAUCCAGGCUAGGAUAGAACUGGGACCGUACAAUUCGCACACGCACUCGAUUAGUUACUUUAGAGAAAACCAAUUCCGCUUCCUGCCGGCGCACGUGGCCAAGAGCUCCAGCUGGUCGUGGCUUCCAAUCAGCCGGCGGUCGUCGGCCGAGGUAAGACUGCUAGAACAAUUCAAACGGGUACCGACGACGGCCACGACCAAGAAGCUCAUGCGAAAAUAUUUGGAAUUUUGCUGGGCACUGCCAUUCUAUGGGGCCACCUACUUCCACGGUCAAGUGGAGCAACCGGUGAGAGGAUUGACGAGCUUGAUGCAACAGAAGGACCUUCCUGUACUGAUAGCAGUAAACGAACGAGGCGUCUUCGUGAUAGACCAAAUCGAAUGCACCCUACUGCUGGGGCUCAAGUACGAAGAACUGUCCUGGGACUACGCGAAACCGAGCAACGUGAACGAUCCGGAGUGCAUGCCUUGCAUAUUUCUGCAGUUUGCCGCUGUGGAGAACGGAAUCGCCGCAACCAAACUUAUGCAAAUCUUCACCCGCCAAGCUGCCAUGAUAGACGCCUUAAUAACCCACUUCACCGAUCAGGCCAAGCGGCGGAAAGAGAGCGGCGAGGGUGAGGUCCCCGCCGGGGAGAAUCCGUACGAAGCUGAACCAAAUCCAAUCACGAACAAUGGUGUCGGGGUACUGAGCAACAAGCUGACGCGCCUGACGUUGGCCACAUUCGAUGACGAGGGGCGCUGCAUUGGCCAGAUGGGGUCGCUAUCAAUUAGUUAUUAACAUUUAAUUCUCGUCUAAGUGGAGAACGUGUUGUAUAGUUUCUAGCAUAGGGUUACGAAGCAUAUUGAUCAUGGCAAAUGGAUGGAACGUAAACGUAGUGUGGGAAGAUGUUUCCGAUGGAAGGAUUGAGGUGUUUAGAAGAUUAGCUAAUCGCAGCGAAAAAGCUCUGAGCUGUGAAAGAAACUACGGCAAACGGUCCCGAUUCGUCCUCCUCUUCCUGACUAGCAAAUUCUAAUCAAAUGAAACAUAGCAGAAAAAUAACUCAGAAUUCAACUCUAAGCCGUUGAUAUUCACGUGAUACUGUACGAUAAGGAUACAAAUAGCAGAACAAAAAUCCGCAUUCACUCCCCCAUCACAUUAGGGUCGAAACGCGAACUGAAGAAGUGUAGGAAGCUAGUGAAUCGGAUACGAAUUUACUGUAAAUAGGUAAUCCAAUCGAUUUAAAACAAUAUCUUUUUAAAUGAAGACAACCGGACAGCAAACCUUGUAUUCUAUAAAGACAAACUAGUUCAAUAUUACACCAACAUAAACGCAUUCACUCACACUCAGUCAUUCUCACUUGUAAAUCUAUAUAGCAAACCAAACAAAAUACAAAAAUCCCACGCGUUUCCUUGUAUAACAAAGUCCUGAAGAAGCAGAAGAUAAACACAACAAGUAUAUUCUUACAAUUCUGA